AUGGUCCUCCCCUGGUGCCUAUCCUGGCCUCAUCAGAGCUACUGGGGCGAGUUUUCUCUCAAAGGGAUCAAGAUCGAGGUCAAAGUGCCGAAGAAAGACACUUUCCCAGGCAGCCCAGCUGCGAUUCCCCCAUAUUUCUGGCGCAGUGGUCUCCGAAAUCGUUUUGGGAAGCUCGUAGGCAGGAAGCCAAGACAGGCUCCUCUCCCCAUUCAUGCCGGUUAUUCGGAAGCGAGAAGUCUGAUCGGUAAUGGCACUGUGGCGGAUUUGAAAACGCUUUCCAUCCAGGCCCGAGAUUUCAUCGCUGAAUUAUUCAGAGACAUCGAGGACGUGUCAGAAACCUCGUCCCAGGGCGAAGUAAAAUCCCUGUCCGCCCUAGAAUCGGGACCCAGGUUAGUCCAGCUGCGACUAUCCUCUGACCUAGAGCGCUGGAAAGAAGCUCAACACGCAGUCGACAACACCCUUCCACCAAAAGGCGCCGGGUUGGCCCGGGCCUCAGACAAAGUCCUCAGACUUUUCGGGGCAGCGGGCUGGCCUGAAGCCUUGAAGACGAACAAUGCAUUGUUUGGCUGCGGCAUCGCUAGCUUGCUCAUGGGCGCCGCUGACACGCCAACCAUGUUCUCCAACUACGUGACCGACAUGGCCUUUUACUACGAGCACGGUUACAACUACGUCUUCCCAUCGCUAGAACCGCUAUUGCAGAAAGGCCUGGCAGACCCGCAAGCGCUGCGCACUCUGGGGGGCCGCGAACGGCGAAACGGCGUCCUCGUCGGCAAGCAGUACAUCCAAGACAAGAUCGCGCUGGAGCAACAGCACAAAAAGCACUUGACGAACCGGUCAGCGCGACUAAACCGUCUUACUGCACAGAUCAUCUCCCUAUCGGAGAGCAGCCUACUAGGGAUGGCGGCCGAGGCGAUGGCGCGGGGUUUCGACCCUGGUGCCGUUAUGAGUGACUUGGUCUUCAGCUCGCCGUGCACCGAUGUCGUCGACGUGGGAUGUGACCUGGUGAACUCGGAAGUCAUGAACUCAUUCUUAAACGUGACGGACAUCACAGACACAGGCAUUGUGAGCGAAGACGUACUACGCAGGGUUUACGAUGCCUACGCCGCAACGGGGGCCAGAAUGCUGACUCAAAGAUGGCAUGAGCCGGUGGCCAGAAUGUGUGCCUCACUAUAUACGUGGCACAUUAACAACGACCGGCACAUGUUUUUCCGGCGCGCGGUUUUGGGCUGGCCCAAAGCCCGGAAGAUGCCGGCUCGGCCUCAGUGCGAAUCGGAUUUCGACGAGGUAUUUGACAAACAGUACUGCACGACAAGCGUCUGCAGGCCUCUUGAUCCCAAAUAUGCAUGCAACGGCGAAGACCCUUGUGAUCACGUUCGCCAUUUUCUCGAUUGCAGCCAAGAGGAGCCAUUGCUCUGGGAGCUCUGGUGGUUCCUUGUCACAGGUCCGCUGGAGUAUGUCAGGGGAGGCCAGGUCGAUGAGCGGCGCGAGCACGACCUCGUCGAGGGCUCGCGGCUACGGAUAGCCGAGCUUUACUCUCGGGGUCUGGUGCUCGAAAUGGCCUGGCUUACUGCUCAUGCAAACCAUCAUGCCUGGCAAGUCAACUAUCUGUUUGAGGCCGCUAUGUUCGGCAGCAUUCUCGAUGGAGGCACACUGGCUGGCAAGCUCGACAGGCAGGAAGAGAGCUAG